GAAGGAGGCUGCGGCUCGUGUAAUGGUAUCCGAGCGUAAAGUGCUUUGUCUCCAGCAGGAUCUUUCUUCUGUCAAGGAUGAGGCACUCAGGAUGCUCCUUCGCUUGAAGAACAUGAUCGAUUCCAAGCGUAAAUUGCUGCGUAUUUGGGAUGUUUAUCAUUGUGUUUGCUUCUUACGGCUUGAUGAGUAGCUGUGCUUUUCUACAUUGUAAUAGUUCUGCAAAAUUUUACUAUAGAAUGACAUGUUCUUCAUGUUCAUUUCUUGUACGUAUUACACAAUGGUUAUUUGGCUGCUUGGGUUGUGUAUAAGGCAAUGUUAUAAAUAUAUAAGUUCCCAACUGAAUGUAUAAAGGGGAGUACCUUUAUUAGCCAGCAACAUAUUCGAAUCCAAAUAGUGAUACUGUAUGAUAUUCUCAAUGGAGUUUUAACUACGGACAAAAGUAUUAGCUAGAUUUGAAUUUCUCAUUAUUGCCUUCGACAAUUCAAUUGAUAUUUUUGUUGCAUGUAUCUCUAAUUUAUUGAAUGCUAUAUUGGGAUCUUUAUUUAUGUUGUUAUUUUUCAUUAUAUCCUAGAUGGGUGGGUUAGACACUUUUUUCCCAUUUAUAAUGACCUCUGCGUUUAAGUUUUGCUUGUGAGUUCGUUUGAGGUUUUAUGGGGACAUUUGAGUUUUAUCUAGCCCCUGGAGGACUAGAACCAUCAGUGGAUACGAGUACUUCAAGUUAAUGGCAUCUGAAACAGAACGCAAUUGGAUACUUUUUGGAUUAUCCUUCUCGUAAUUAAAUUUCCUAGCUUUGGAAUUACUGUACCUAACAAUAUUCAGCAAAGAGCAAACCCUUUGUUGAAGGUGAUCUGAAAUUUUAUGAUUGCUUGAUUAUCGUUUCUUGCAAAUGGUUAGAGUUUUAACUUCUACAUAUGAUUUAAGGCUCUUUCCCAAUUGUAAAUUUGAUUGAUAGUCUGAGACAUUCCGUCACUAAGAUAUGACUUUAAUUAUUUGCAUUAGUUUACUUGAAAAGUUAAACUAAUUUCAUGGAAGUGUAGUCAUCAUUUGUUUUAUUAUGUCAAGUUCUGUAUUAAAUGUUGCUUAACAAGAUGUUAAAACAAGUCGGGAUUCAUAAAGAUUAAGAGUUUGAUGUUAGCUGACAAAUGGAAUUUGAACUUUCGUCAAGCAAAUAAAUUUGUGAAACAGGAGUCUUAUGUAUCUCAAACAAAAAUAAUAAAAAUAAAAUAAUAAUUAUGAUAAUAACAAAACCUGGGAGCUGGGAGUAGAUAGAAUUUCCUCCCACCCAAAAGAAAGUUACGUAAUCAAAGUUUUCCAUUCAUGAGAGGCUGUUUCUACAAAAACAUUUCUUGCUCUUUGAACACCGCUUCAAAAGGAAUCCACUGAGGUCGUUCUAUCUUUAAAAAUAUUACAUAAUACACUUCGAUUAGUUUGUUAAAGUUGUUUAGCAACAAAGCCCCUUCGUAUUGGUUAUCUUUCUGUUAUACAUAGGUUUAUUCUGUCCCACUGAUGCUUAAUGAGUUAUGUAAGAGUUUUUUUAUUCUCUUUUCAAAUAGGAUAAAGUAGCUCUCACCGCACAGUUUUAAAAAAUUUUGGCUUUGCCAUUAAACACCUUUCCUCCUACACUCGACACAAGCCAGAGAUCCACCUUUUUCGGAAUAUAACUACACCGAAGUACCAAACCUUUUGAACAAAAAGGGCAAGGGAGAAAAAUCAUCGGUGUCUCAGCCUCCUUAAGACAAAAGCAGCAGAUAGAAAGAGAUAAAUCCCAACUUAGGAACUACCUUUGUAAGUUUCCAGCAGUAUGACGGUUUCUAUAAAAAAGGGACCAAAUGAAAAUUUCACUUUCUUUGCGACUUUCAAACUUCUAUAAGUGACCUACCAAUGCAAACCUCUCUUGGUUUAUUACUGUGGUGGCCAUUUCCAAUCACUGAAUUUAUUAUAGUUGGAACUUGGAAUAUGGGCAGAAAUAUCAUCACUACUGUAGUAGCCAUUUCUAACUGUUUUUUCUUAUUUCAUCCAAAUGGGCAUACCAUUCUCCUUUGCAGAUGCAUGAAGCAGAAAUAACGUCAUUAUGCCAGAGGAGAAAAGUUGAAGAGCUUGAAGCAAAACUUCACAAGGCAGAGGAUGUGAUAACAGAUCUUAGAAUGCAGUUGAAAGAGGCAAAAAACCAGUUGGAGAAGGAAAAGAAAGACAAAAUGCAGCCAAUGGAAGGAAAGAUUAUGAAUAAAAUUACUUUCUCCAGUCGGUCUACCCUUGAGCCGGAUUCUUCCCGUCCUUCCUCACCAGAACUGCAAACAGUGUCUUCUAAUUUAAAUAGCACGAAGAUGGAACAGAUUGCUCAAGCAAUGUACAAUAGUGUGCCAAGGUCUAUCGAUCACUUAUCUGCUUCUCACGUUGACAUAAUUCAUUCUCAUGAUUCUGACUCUACCUCCACAGUACUGAGAAUCAAGGAGCAUAGGUUAUCUAGUAAGAGGUGCCCCCAGAGAAUUCGUUCGCUAGAAAGGAAUUUCCUGGAUUAUGGUUUACCUCUAGGUAUUGAUGUAAAAGAUAGCCAGGUCCUUGAGGGAAAGGAACCUUUAGUAAAAAGAAGGAACAAGGAGGAAAGAGGCCUCUCUAUCAGAACUGGAAAGACCGAUAUAAAAAAGAAUUGUCAUGGUGCUGUGUUAAAGAGAUCCGUAAAGCUCCAUUCAUUAAGAAACACGUCUCAAUUUGGAAAAUGUAAAACAGGCACUUGCAGGUUGCAUGCUAGUCAACUCACGAAACCUCAUCAUCCAUCAUGCAUCAUUUCCAUUUGCAAGCCACAAUUGAAAGAUGGUGACGUGAGAUCUGAUAAGAGUGAAUAUCGACCACCUCUGAUGGUUGGUAGUGGAAAGGUGACACUAAGUUCUCGUUCGCCGGAGGAGCAUAAAAUUGUCAGUUACAAAGAUGCAAGUUGGGAUUCUAUUCAAGAGCAACCAAAAGGAAACAUGAAAACAGGGAAUUUAAAUGGUCACUCUCCCGAUCAGCCUAUCAAUCCUUGCGAUAAGUCUUUUGUCCUAUCUCCAUGUAGUACUUCCAUUAAUCUAGUUAAUGAUAAUAGGAAAUCUGGUGAAGAUCAUUUCAACAUAACUAAGCAUCAAAGGAAGAUGAAGAAAUUAACCUGCUUGGAUCCAGAACUCGCAUCAACAGAAAGUUAUAUUGAUUCUUUAUCAGUUCUCCCUAGUGUUACUGCCAGUGUUAAGGUCAAUAAAUCCAAAGUCCUCGAGAAUGCAGCACACAGUAAGAAAGAUUUGACUGCAUUGACGGUGAAACAGGAUAGUGGUGGAAUUAGGAAUUUGAUUUUUCCAAGUUCUAAGUCGAACUCUGAAAUGAAUCCUGAUACAAAAUGCGAGCAAAUAUGUGAAGUUACAAACUAUUCUCCUUGCCAAGUAGACAAGAAAAUGAUUCUUAGAUGUACAAGGCAAAGAAAACGCAAGAGGGAAGCAAUAGACAUUUCUGAUGAAAAUAUUUCUCCAGGAAAGAGCAAUGCAAAAAGUUUGCGUGAGAAACUAAAGUUUGAGCCUGAGUUUGAGAGGUCUAACUUGAUCGGAGAAUCGACGAGGGAGAGUCGACAGUUGUCUCAAGUUGCUCGUCAGCUCGUAUCCUUGUCUAGAAAAAGAUGGGAGUAAUAAUGGUGAUUUCUUUUCAUCCUUCAACACCAUCAGAACCUAGAUAAUGAUUGGGAAUCAAGCACGUCAGCCCUCCUGUGAGUUGUUCUUCAGAAUUUUCUUUUCCAAAAAAAUCCACUUGAUUGGUGUUUAGAUUCAUUUAAUGAGAGAGAGAGAGAGAGAGAGAGAGAGAUGAAUAGAUCAUUCUGUGCAGUUUUUUACUUGUGUCUUCUUCACAUAGUUUAUGGCUAAAUAUUUAUUUAGUUUAAUUUAUAGAAACAUGAAUCAAUAACAAAAAGAAGAUAGGAGGAUUGAGGAGUAGUAAUUAAUUAUUAGCUUCAACGUGUUGAUUAUGUAAAAAUGAAACAAGUAGGGUCCAUUUUGUGAUGAUACAUGUAACACAAGAUGUGUUGAAGUAAGCAUGCCUUUGAAUUUAUAUGUCUACCUUUUCUUUUUCCUUUCU